CUCAUUUCCCAAGAUGGCUGCGCCCACAGAGGUAACAUUUGCCGCUGGUAUAUUCAAGGAAAAUGUUGCAUCUUCGAAUGUAGCAGAGCCAGGAGUUACCAUUUCAUCUGGAGUCUGUGAGGACCUUAUUAAUAUUUCCCCCACUUGUGAACCCAAAACCUUUGGUUUUCUUGUUGGCCCAGCUAGUUGGGAGGAGAGAGACAUCUUCAUUGUAAACUGUGCUGUACACACUAGAUCUAAGAGCAACACCCUGGUGCAGGAUCUAAGAGAAACUAUACAGUUGUUGCCUGCUGGGUUUGAUGUAUGUGGAGUGUACUGUAUUUCACCAGCAGUUACGUCAGAAUCUGCACUCGUCAAAGAGAGCAGAAAAAUACUGACCCUGGGAAUUGAGGAUGUCCUCCAAGGCAAAAACUUCCUGGUGUGUCACCUGGACAAGGGUAACCCUCUGGUGACGGAGGACACGGUGCAUCUGUGUAAUGUACAGGACAAUGAGGUGGUCAGGGUUAAAGUACACAGGGCCCAGGAGGAUAGCCUUAGUUUUGAAGAUAGUCUGAUAUUUAGGCUACGACCUCGACUACAGCUGAGGUUUGAAAAUGUACACUUACCAGAUAAGUGUCAAGAAAAAAUUGCCAUAGAAAUAGAAGACCUUCAAGACCGGUUACAGUCCAAUGCAGCAGUAUUCCACAUUCAAAACAGCUCAGUUUUAUUAUCCAAUCAAAGUGAGAAUGAUUCUUCUUUAAGUACUUUGAACACAGAAGGACUGACUUGUGCAGAUCUUUUAAAUUACAUUGAUGAUGAAGAGGAAGGAAGUAAUUCUGGUUCUAAAAAGAAAAAAAAGAGCAGAAGUGAGGAUCCAGUGGGUGUCAAUGUCCUGUUCCAAGUGACAGGUGACCUUGACACUGGUAUAGGAUGUGCCCCCAUCAUCCACUACGAACACAGUAAGGAGGACUUUGAGUUAGUUGAGCUGGAUCUCCCUCUAGAUGUUCUGGUUCUGAUCUCACAGAGAAUGCCUCUCCAGCAGAUAGUGCCAGUGUUAGUGGAGGGGUUGUGUAGACAGCUGGAUGCCAUGCACAGGUGUAUCUGUAAACACAAACAGGCAGGCAAUAAAUUCAUUGUACCACGGCCAUAUCACUUCAGACACCCAGGCAGUGAUACACUGCUCACAGUGGUGUAUCCUGAUGGUAUUACAGAGGAUUCUCUACAGCCCAUGAGGAGUUCCCUUCACAAACUGUUCAACAUCCCUGCAGACAGGCCAGUGUUCAGGCGUGCCAAUGCCCUGGUCUUUCCCUCAGAUCAGGUCUGGGAUGGAUGUCUGAAAAAUACACACAUAGGGCUCCCUGAUCCAGGAGUAAAAGAUGGCCAUAUCUACACAGUCCAGGGGACCUACUCCUAUCACCACUAUAUGCAGGAUCACUUUGAUGAUGACAAGUGGGGGUGUGCUUACAGGUCUCUCCAGACCCUGAUAUCCUGGUUCCGUCUCCAGGGCUACACUGACGUCCCCAUACCAACACACAGGCAGAUACAACAGGCACUGGUGGACAUAGGAGACAAAGAGCCCAGCUUUGUUGGCUCCAGGAAGUGGAUUGGGUCAACAGAAGUCAGCUACUGCCUGGACCACCUCCUUGGGGUUCAGUCAAAAAUUAUGUUUGUAAGCAGUGGUGCUGACUUGGGCAAUAAAGGAAGAGAAUUAGCACAUCAUUUCCAAACUCAGGGGACUCCAGUUAUGAUUGGUGGUGGGGUAUUAGCCCACACAAUAUUGGGAGUAGACUUCAGUGAAGUGACAGGAGAGCUGAAGUUCCUCAUUCUGGAUCCUCACUACACUGGGGGCGAGGAUCUGAGGAUCAUACAGGAGAAGGGUUGGUGUGGUUGGAAGACUACUGAUUUCUGGGAUAAAAAUGCCUACUACAACCUGUGUUUGCCACAGAGACCCAAGACAUAUUAGGCUAUAAAAUAGCCUGAAGACCGUAAACUUGAUUUUAUAAAUGCAGACAAUAUAUGCAUGUAGGAAAAACUCUCUUUUAUUAAAACAUGUCAUGAUCAUGAAUACCAUUCAUUUCAUCAAAUUGAUGAUAUUUCCAUGUUGGACAUAUCUGUUCAGUAUUGUAUUUGUAUCUUCUCUUGCUGUUUUAUAAGUUGUAUAUUAAAAUUUAUCUCAUAUUUAGAUUGCUUACAGUAUAAGCGAAGAGAUAUAUUAUGAGCCUCCAGAUUUUCUCUGAUGUUCUUUUAUGUGUCUGCCCUAACGCAUAGAGAUUUUGAUGUGUGAUUUGAGUGUAUUUAGAAAUGGUCAAAAAAGAAUGACUGAAGACAAUGACAGUGCCAUACGCUUAUGUGUUGCAAUAUGAAUUUAGGAGCUAAUGUUUAUGUAUGGAAUUAUAUAUUUCCAGGAUCUGAAUUAUCCUUGAAUAGCCACACCAGCGUCAGUUCAAGUGAUAUGAACUUGUUAAUUAUGUUGCAAUCAGACAUGCUGAAACUGUUGGCCCUGUGAAUUAUGGAUAAGAAAACUUUUCAAGGAUCAGUACAAUUUUUUUUUCAGUAGGUCCUAGAGACCAACAACAGUCUUAAGAGCAACCUUUCUGAAUUUAUAGUCAGUCCAUCAAAAAAUCCUUCAGACCAGCAGUUCUCACAAAUGUUUUUAAAUGUUAUUAAUUUCUAGUUGAUAUUCUGUAUUUUAAGUUGUGCCAUUACACCAGCAUAACCUGUUAUGCCACGCUAACUAGAGAACAAAUGAAUCCAAGUGCAAUAUCGCUUUUUCUGUUGUAAUUCUUAAACGUAGCAUAGACAUGAUGGUAAAAAUAAAGUCAGACAAAUUGUA